AUGCCGGCUGUAGUGCUAGCGGAAAAGCCUGAAAUUCUGGCUAGGAGGCUUAUGGGUACAAAACUUGAUACGUUGAAUGGAACCCUGGUUGUGCGAAUUGCUUGUGGAUGUGAUGUCCUGGUUGGAAAGGCAAGCCAUAUAGCUAGUGGCUCGGUUGGCAAUAUUACUACAUCGGAGCCACUCUUUUCGAACCAAACUCUACUAUCCUCUGGCCAAAUGUUCGAGCUUGGUUUCUUCAUGCUGAAUGGGUCGGAAAAUCAGUAUGUUGGCAUAUGGUACAAGAACUUGACGCCUUCUAAAAUCGUGUGGGUGGCCAAUAGGGAUGUGCCGCUCAUGUACACAGAUCGGUCUGCAAAAUUAACCAUAGGCAAUGAUGGGAAUUUGAAGCUCGUGGAUGGACAACAGGAUAUUGUUUGGUCCAGCAAUGUCUCUAGUCAGUCCAAUUAUACUUCAGCAGCACUAUUCGAUAGUGGCAAUUUCGUUCUGCAAGAUGCCAGUUCUAGUGUAAUAUGGGGAAGCUUCGAGGAUCCAACAGACACUCCUCUUCCAGGCAUGAAGAUGGUGUUAAAUAUCAGGACUGGAGCAAAUAGUUUUUAUUUUCUUGGAGAAGUGACAGUGAUCCGUCACCAGGAAGUUUCUCGACUGGACUGUCAUCAGAGGCGCCACCCCAAAUUUUCACUUGGAAUGCAAGAUAUUCAGCAAGGGAUCACUUAUUUUUGGUUCAAUACUUACAACAGCUACUUCGCAUACGUGUUCAUUUCGCCAGGAGGAUCUCUUACGAUGCUUGUAUGGGUUUGUGCCAAAGUCAAAUGUGGAAUGGAACAAUGGAAACUGGACCGGAGGAUGUGUAACAGAGAUGUAAUUGAAUUGCCAGAAAAACACAAGCACACUGGCUUCAUCAAAGCUAGAUGCCUUUUGGCAAAUGAGCCGGAUGAAACUGCCCGACUCUGGGGACCAUUUAUCAGACAUUGGAGAUCAAGAAGGAUGUUUAAGUUGGAUUUUCCCAUAGUUGGGCAAGAUCUAUUUGUUCGAGUUGCCCAAGUAAAAACAGGUGGAUCAUCACAGAAAGCAGUUAGCAUCAGCCUGAGUAUUCUUGCCAGGAUCGUGGUCUUUGCCGUAUUUAUUUUUGGUCUUUGCAAAUGGAGAGCUAAGAAAAGAGGAAAUGCAUGGAAAGAGCAGCUGAAUCAAGAUGAUUCACUAGAAGUGACCCUACUGAGUUUUGAUAGCAUACUCGGCCAAGGAGGAUUUGGCAUCAUUUGUAAGGGAAAGCUAAAUGAUGUGAAAGAGGUAGCUGUGAAGAGACUUUCUAGUUGCUCGGCCCAACGCAUUGAAGAGUUCAAGAAUGAGAUCAUCCUAAUAUCAAAACUCCAACAUCGAAAUCUUGUUAAACUCAUGGGUUACUGCAUUGAAGGAGAAGAAAAUAUUUUGGUAUACAAGUACUUGCCAAACAAAAGCUUGGAUACGUUUGUUUUUGAUUCAAGGAAGAAGGAAGAACUCAACUGGGGCAAACGAUUCCAUAUUAUUCAGGGGAUUGCUAGGGGACUUCUCUACCUCCAUCGAGAUUCUUGCCUCAGGAUCAUACAUCGAGACUUAAAAGUGAGCAAUACUCUCUUGGAUGAAAAAAUGAACCCGAAAAUUUCAGAUUUUGGGCUGGCUCGAAUUGGCUAUAUGUCUCCUGAGUAUGCCAUGGCUGGAAGGUUUUUCGAGAGUUUCGAUGUCUAUAGCUUCAGGCAUGGCAAUUAUGGAGUGAAGGCUGCUCACGAAACGGUUGCCGGUAGCUCUCCGUUGAAGGUAUCAAGAUGCAUCCAUGUUGGGCUUCUCUGUGUUCAAGACCACGCCAUGGAUAGACCAAACAUGUCUGAUAUGGUCCUAAUGCUGAGCCGCGAAUUGGAUCUUCCUCAACCAAGACAGGCCGUAUUCACUUUACAAACCGAAAUGCCAAAUGCUGCUAUUUCACCACAGCAAGAGGUCAUCUGGUCUGUUAACACUGUCGCAAAUACAACGGUCGAAGGGAGAUGA